AUGAUCAGUGAAAGAAGUUUCUAUACCUGGAAUGGAAAAAUAAAUUCAUCAGCGCUGUUCAAAAUCCAGGAAGUACUACAGCAGGGCACCGUCAACUCGCCGAUACUGUUCAAUAUCUUCAUAAGCCAUAUCAUAAACGCAUGUAAAUUAAACCAAAAUAACAACACAUACUCCAUUGCAUAUGCUGAUGAUCUCAUCAUUUAUGUAGCCGAGAAAUAUCCUACUAAGUUAAAAAAUAUACUAGAAACUCUAGUCAACAAGAUUAACAACCUAUUUGCAAGAUGGAAUCUACGAGUAAGCCCAGAAAAAUGCAUGACGAUUGUCUUCAGAAAGCCAGCGAGAUUUGUUACCAAAGCUAAAAGAGUCAAUAAUGAAAAGUUCGUCAUUGAAACAUUCAAACCGGACACUCGAGAACUGACAAAAAUCCCGACAAAAAGUGUAGUAAAAUAUCUCGGCAUGAAUAUUGACUAUUUAGCCAAAUGUAACGAUCACUUGGACCAGCAGCUCAUCAAAGCACGCAACUCUUUCAGAUCUUUAAACCGACUCUUUCACAACAGACAUAUUAGCCCCAGGGCUAAAGUGAUAUGCUAUCAGCUACUUAUCAGACCACUACUGACCUACGCAGCCCCAGUUUGCUGGAACCUCGGAGCAGCCCAGAUGGAAAAGGUGAGAAGAUUUGAAAGAGCUUGCCUAAGAACGGCCUUAAGCAUGCACAGAAGACCUGAGACUGAUUAUCAACACCGAAUCUGCAACAAGGAAAUUUUUGAUGCUCCUAACAUCCCUAGAAUCGACAACCAUCAAUUAAAAUUAACUAGAGAUUAUUUUAGCAAAACCAAAGAUAUUAACAACAACAUCAUAAAAAAUUUAAGAGUGACAACUGGAGACACACACAUCAAAGCUCAGAAAGGCCUCUUACAGCCCCAAGACUUUACUGUCCUCGACAAACUAGGCUUCAUCCAAGAUGGAUAUAAUAUACCAAUACUAUAUCACAAAAGCCGACACAAAGGUGACAAGUCCAUAAAUCUAACGACCUUCAAGGACAGCCCAAGCAAGUACUCCAUUGCCCUGCCAAAACGUGAUCAAAUAGAUCUCCACAGACUAGACGCUGAAAAAUAUUGGUGGACAUGCAAGGAAACCAAUGAAUACAAAGAUCUCCAAAGAAGAAAAUUAUUAAUAAAUAAUUAA